CGCAUUCCGGGCGAUGACGGAGGACGAGCUGCCAGGGCGGCGACGGCGAUAAUGCGUGUAGCAACAGUGAAAGCGAGGGAAUCGCUGGCGAAUCCUUCGACGCCACCGCCUCUUCCCUAAAUGCGGGUCAAUGGCGAGCCAGCAGCGAUGGGGGCGUAGGUGAGAUUUUCCCCAGAAUGGCGCACCAAGCCCUUCCUCCUUCUCCUCCCAAUCCCUUGGAAGAUCGCCAGAAUUCUCCCAGCGCCGCCGCCACCGAGUGGCCGGAGAAGGCAAAUUUCGGAGACUCCGGGCUGGCGAAAUCUAUCGCGAGCUCCAUCGCGUCUAGAAGCUGGGGAUCACCGCGGCAGCAGCAGCAGCGCGAUUGGCCGGUGGCCGACGAUUGCAUAUUUUGCAAGAUCGUCCACGGCUAUUCCCCGGCAUUCAAGCUCUACGAGGACGACUUUUGCGUGUGCAUUCUCGACAUAAAUCCACUGUGCUAUGGGCACUCUCUACUCGUUCCCAAGGGUCAUUUCCCGGCACUGGAUGCUACUCCUCCAACGGUAGCGGCGGCCAUGUGUAGUGUCGUGCCUUUGCUGAGCAACGCGAUCAUGGGAGCGACUUCUUGUGAUUCUUUCAAUAUGGUCGUCAACAAUGGUGAGGCUGCCGGCCAAGUCGUGUUUCAUACUCACUUCCACAUUGUCCCGAGGUUCUCCGGAGAUGGGCUAUGGACAAACGAGAGUGUGGUGCGCAGGCCACUGUCGACGUUCAAGGAUCCCACUCAGCUCACACUCGCUGUGCGAUCCAUCCUGAGGAACAACGAGUCGUGAAAGCUAAGAAUCUCUGGCAAGAUUUGUAUUCUUGUUCCUCUCGUUUGUUGGCGCGUCUGUGUCGCAAAGCUUGGCUGUCUGCAUCGAGACUGAUUGAAGUAUCUCUUUCACUGCCACUGUUCGUUGAUCUUAAGUUUCCAGCUAUGGCCAUUCUCUUUUAUCCUUGUUCCUUACAGGCGAAGGACGAAGGGUUGUCUUGGUCGAGACUGGACUGCCUGUUCUUUGUUUUUCUCCCCCUCUUUUUGUUCUUCUGGAUGGUUGGAGCUGUAAAGUUUUGGAGAAACACUUGGCAAACACUUGAAAAUCGUGGUCAAAAGAAAUAAAGAGAUGGCAGCUUUUAUGUUGGCAAGUCUAAAGCGCUGGAAGAAGAAAAUGAAAAGAUGAAAUGUUAAGUCUAAGAUUCGGGUCGCCAACUUUCUAUCCGAGGUAAAUGUAUGGAUCAAUAUAUAUCUUGUAGCAUACAUUCCUGACAAUCUCAGACUAAUCUUUUUGA